GUGCUCGGAUUCGCGCUCGAGUUUUCCCCACGCGUCCAGUCGGCGGUUGACGUGACCUCGGACUCGCGAUCCCGCGGUUAACCCCGAUUCUAGUGCGCGAUCCCCGCGACAGACAGUGUUUAGCACGAGUAUUUAUAUUUGUUGCGUACGCGGAAUUAUCAUUACGUAAUCACAUUAUUUAAAAUCCUGACAGCCGAGCGAGUGCAGGUCCCGAUUAUGCGAGCUCUCGUUCGCUGACGGAGUUUCCCGAAGAAGGCGCCCGACCGAGGUGCGAGAAAAUGUGUAUGGAACUGUGACUAUGCGGAAGGCUAACGCUCUGUGAAAAAACCACUGGAGCAAGAACAGCCGGAAAUCGUCUGCACGAAUGACAGAGAUAUAAGAUGUUCGAGUCUCCAAGAAGUCUUCAAGAGGUCUGCAUUGACUUUAUUUGCGGUAACGUCCUAGGCUUGUGCGAGGUUCACCUCGGCGAUACGAAUGCGCCUUCUCCCAGUAGUGACAGCGUUUCAGAUCAAGAUACCUGUAUAGUGAACGUAUAUAAUAGCACAGAAAUUGCUAUCGAUACUACAACAGGUAGGACAUCGUCUAACGAUGCUCCCUCCAGCUCCGCAACUCGGCUUACCUUCAGGCAUCCGGAUGCCUUCUUGCCAGCCGAGGUAUCGGAACAGUUAUUAUCCAACCUAUGUGAGAAGAAAACAUUAUCCGACUUAACGAUUACACUUUUUGAUUCGAAGAGCACCAGAUUAAGGCAUGUACGGUUGAAAGACGCGUCGACGUUAUCAGCUAAGGGCUUAAGUGUUCUUAAGCAGCACAAAGUUGUAGAUUUAAUAGUAAAUGGACUUAAAAUCACUGUUAAUGAUUUAAUUAAUUGUUUAGGCGAUUGGAGUAUACAAAAUCUUAGAUCGUUAAGUGUAGCUAAAGGAAGUUUCAUGGAUUUUUCAAGACAGCGCAUGGUAGACAUUGCAACGUUAAACAGAUUAAAGGCGCUUCAUACCUUGAAUGUCUCAGGAACAGAAUUUAAUAAACAUGGCUUGGACAUAGUAGUCGAAGAUCUUCCCCUUUUAGAGAGCUUAGAUAUAUCUUGUACAAGAGUUGAUGAUAUAACGCCGUUAAUGAAGUGUAAAGAUCGAUUAAAAACAUUAAAUAUGUACAAUUUAAAGAUAAGCGCGUGUGGGAAUCUAAUACCAGUAUUACUGGAGUUGAAUGAGCUAAGACACUUAGAUAUUUCCGAUGAGAAAGAUCCGCACGGUUUUGAGGUGUUCGCGUCUGCUAAACCAAAAAUAACAGAUUUUCUAACGGCUUCGAAUUGUAUGCCUCAUUUGACAAUUCUAGAUCUAUCGGGUAAGGAUGACAUAAAUCCAAAGGAUUUAAAAAAAUUUAUCGCGUCACAUGUACAUUUGAGGUUCCUGGGGCUGGUUCACUCCUACGCUUGUUACGACGACAGUUUCAUAGAUACGACGCACGAAGAUUAUAAACCUCAACUUGUUAUCAGUGGCACAGCUACAGAAUCUCAAAUUUUGGAAGCCCUUAGAAGGUAUACGUACAGACCAAUAUAUCUUCAAAAGUGUCUGUUUAACUUAUUUCGUUUGACACCAAACUUUCUCGAGCCACGAGUCGAUGUGAUAAAAUUAGUGUUACCUGGAAUGAGAGAGCACCCGCAGGAGUUUCGUGUACAAAUGGCAGCCACUGCAUGUAUCUAUAAUCUCACCAAGGGUGAAUUGGCCCUUAUGAUUCAUCCAUCAAUACUUAAACAAAUAGUCGAAUUAACAUUAUUAGCAAUGGAAUCAUAUCCAACUAAUCAUCAACUUCAAAAGAACACGUUAUUGACUCUAUGUAGCGAUAGAAUUCUGCAGGAUGUUGCAUUUGACAAAUAUAGAUGUGCAAGAUUAGUUAUGAAUUGCUUGUCAACUUUCGAUGAUGCGUCCAUGAAUCGUAUGUCUGUGGCUAUUUGCUCAAUAUUAGCAGCAAAGAUAUCGACCGUGGAAACAUCAAUGCUUGGCGCACAACCGCAGUACAUGUUGAAAUUGCUUGCGAUGGUUAGAUCUAAGGUCGAGUCCAAAUUAGUAGAUAUUACGAUGAAAUUUACAUUAAGUGCUUUGUGGAACUUGACGGAUGAAAGUGCUAUUACGUGCAAAGUGUUUCUUGACGAAGGUGGAAUGGAAUUAUUUCUCGAAGUAUUAGAUUGCUUCCAAGGUGAAUUCAGCGUAGAAACUAAGGUUCUUGGUCUGCUAAAUAAUAUCGCAGAGGUCGAUCAUUUGCGACCACGGCUUAUGCAACCACGAUUUAUAAAAAUGCUUUCAAUGCUGCUGGAUUCCGAGCACAUUGAUGUAUCUUAUUUCGCAGCCGGUAUCGCUGCACAUUUACUCAGUGAUGGUCCCAGAUCAUGGCAUAGUAUGCCGUCACAACCGACUAGAGAGCAGUUACUGGAUCAACUUGUUAAUGCCGUAACUCAUUGGCAAACACCUCAAGGGGAGAUGGUUGCCUAUCGUAGCUUUCAACCAUUUUUCCCACUAUUACGUUGCACGGACGCGUAUCCUGUUCAACUCUGGGCCGUGUGGGCUAUUCAUCACGUGUGCACAAAGAACCCGAAACGUUAUUGCGUAAUGUUGAUCAGAGAAGGGGGAGCAGAAACGUUAAGACAAGUAGAGAAAACGCAUACAGAGUAUACAACACAACCGAAUUUACGAAGUUUAUGUCAAUCAAUUCUGGAAACUCUUGAAUUAAACUCUUAACGAUAACCGUUGCUUUCAAUCUGAAAGUUGAAUACCACGUGGUAUGCUAGUCAAUGUUUAUCUUAAUGCAAUCUUGUUCAUAUGCAUAUUUUGUUUUUUAGACCAAAUACAUAUAAAAAUUAUAUGGCCAUAGGUAUUUAUUAUAAAAAAAACAGACUGUAAUCAAAUAACAAUAAAUUAAUAUAAAACAUUUUCGUUAUAAUUUAGCUAAUAUUGUGACUAAACUCAUUAGAUCUGUAUUGAAGAUCUGAAUUGACCUAGAUUUUUAUUACAAAGCGUAUUAUUAUAAAGAAGUAGAAUUAAAUUUCAAAAUUACGUAAUAUUAAAAUUAUAUAACAUAAUAAUUAUACGAAAUAAGUUAAUAAAUAAUGGAUCUAUUGUUGUUCUCAGAA